ACAUCUCUCAAGUCUGGAGGUGAGUGAACGCACUGCGUCUGUCUCGCGUGUGCAUCAGAGCGCGACUGUUGGUGCCUUGCACGGUGGCUUGACAGUGGUAACAUUGAUGAGCUGCUUGUGACUAUACCAAGGCGGCUCGGUACUGUCUGUGAGCGAGAACCAGACACGGUGGAGGGAGACCAAGUCCCCACACGUCGCGGUAAUAUAUGGCAAAUAAUCGCACGUCACGACCGGUGCUUGUUGCUGGACGCUGGUGCUCGCUGUCCUGUGAUAAGAAACAAAUGAAGGCAGCAGUGCUGUGCAGCGUGGCAGUGGCGGUGGCGGUGGCGGCCAUGGGUGGCAGCGUAGCGGGGAUCCUGCCGCCCCCUGACAGACAUUAUAAGUUCCUCAUGCUUCUUCCUGUCUCCAGUAAGAGUCACAGGAACAUGUUCCUGGCCCUGGCGGAUGCUCUGGCUGAUCGCGGCCACAAGAUCGUGAUGGUCACAAAUCACCCAGCAGUAGCCACACAUCCAAACAUCCACGAGAUCCACCACGGCCUGAAGCACGUCAAUAUGACAGACAUGUUCAACAGAGGGAGAGAAAUGUCUGGUGCGUACGCACAUUUUCAGUAUUUUUUGCCAUCUAUGGCACGCGACUUGUACGACGUACCAUCAGUGAAGCGGCUGUAUGAGAAGAGGAAGGAAUUUGACCUCAUCAUUGUCAAUCACAUGUUCAAUGAGAUAGUGUACCCGUUCGUGCACGAGGUUCCCUUCAUCACCGUGGCCACCCUCUCGAUGGACCAACGCCAAAGUGCUGUAUUGGGGAAUGUUCUCAACCCUUCCUAUGCCCCCAGCAUACAGGUGGGCUACGCAUUCCCCAUGAGUAUGUGGACGCGCCUAAAGAACGUAUUCUUUCAUUUCUGGCUUUCCUUCUACUGGAGGAAGUGGGCUGUUGUUCCUAGCAUACAAGAGGAGAUCUCGGCCAAGUUCCCCGACUUGCCGCCGCUGCUGGAGAUCGAAAGGAACCAGAGUCUGACACUGGUGAACACUCACUUCAGCAUCACCACGCCGGUGCCCCUCCUGCCCUCACAGGUGGAGGUGGGCGCCAUGCACUGCCGCCCUGCCAAACCGCUGCCGCAGGACCUGGAAGCGUGGAUCACGGGCGCGGGCUCUGCAGGCGUCAUCUACUUCAGCCUGGGCUCUGUCGCCCACGGGGAAACCCUGCCGCCCAAGUACCGGCAAGUCUUCGUGGAGGCCUUCCGCAGACUGCCGCAGCGGGUGCUGUGGAAGUACGAGGGGGAGCUGGAGGGCGUGUCUGACAAUGUGAGGAUCAGGAGCUGGCUGCCCCAGCAGGACAUCCUGGCUCACCACAACGUGAGGGUGUUCAUCUCCCACGGCGGCCUGCUCAGCCUGCAGGAGUCUGUGUAUCACAACACGCCCCUCCUCGUCCUGCCGAUCUUCGGGGACCAGCCCAAGAAUGGCAUGUUCGUGGAGAACUCUGGUCUGGGCCACAUGUUGGUGUGGGAGGAGCUCACCGCUGACAGCAUCGUGGACGCCCUCACCGACAUCGUGAGCAGCCCAAGGUACAAGGACAAGGUAGCCGCCAUGUCGGCGUCCUUGAGGGAUCAGCUGACGACGCCGCAGGAGCGUGCUGUGUUCUGGACGGAGUACGUGAUCCGCCACCGGGGGGCGCCCCAGCUGAGGUGCCCCGCCGCCCAGCUCUCCUGGGUGGAGUUCCUUAUGUUGGACGUGGUGGGCCUCCUGCUGCUGGCGCUGCUGCUGCUGCUGUUCCUCGUCCGCCAACUCUUGCGCGGUGUCUCCGCAGCACUCCUCGGCGGCGGCGGCAAGAAGAAGAGGGACUAAUUUAGACUAACUGAAGGUUAAUAUUCUUUGGCAUGUAUCUGUAAUUUUUCUUCGGGAUAUAUUGAGGUAUUAUCUAUUGCGCUUAAUUAUUGAAUAUAUAUGACAAAGCGGUCUCGGGAUAGGGACUUUACAUACUUGUUGCCCAAAAAUUAUGUAACUGCUUCAAAUGGCACCUAACAUUUAAGUAACUACUUCAAAUGGGCUGUUUACGAAAAUAAACUUAAAGAUAUUGUAAUUCACACCUAACAUUUAAGUAAGCAUAAUAAAAUGUUUCAAGUAU